CGCAGAGUCAAACAUGGUCGGGCGGUCGCUGCGUGGAGUUGAGGGUUCGAAGCAACUAGGGCGCCAGCUCUUGGGUCCGACCGGGCUCUGAGGGCACUCGGGUGGGAGAGCCGGUUGAGUUCUGGACUCGGGACUGGUAGGGGAGUGGUGGCGUAGAGGGAGCCUGGCUCUUUUCCUGGGUGGGAGUACCCACAGGGUCCGCGCGGGGGCGGAGAUCCCCCGUGCACCCCCCUUUCAGUGGCUCUGCCUGCUAGCUCUUCUUUCAGAUGGUUUAGCGGUCCUUCCUCUCAAACGGGACCUGGCGCUUACCAAGGAAAGUGUUUCUGGUGCCGAGGCGCUCUCUGGCCGGCUCUCCUUACCUCAUUUCCUCACUCCGUGUCUUUAUCCGAGGUCCAGCUGGAGGGAGUGUUCUGUCAGUCAUGCCCAAGAGGAAAGUGACUUUUCAAGGGGUGGGAGAUGAGGAUGAUGAAGAUAAAAUCAGUGUCCCCAAAAAGAAGCUGGUGGACUCUGUGGCUGGAGCAGGGGGUCCUGGGAGCCGCUUCAAAGGCAAACACUCUUUAGACAGUGAUGAGGAGGAUGAUGAUGAGGAGGGGUCCAGCAAGUACGAUAUUCUGGCCUCAGAGGAUGUAGAAGGUCAGGAAGCAGCUACUCUCCCUAGUGAGGGGGGUGUGAGGAUCACACCCUUCAACCUGCAGGAAGAGAUGGAGGAAGGCCACUUUGAUGCUGAUGGCAACUACUUCCUGAACCAGGAUGCGCAGAUCCGAGACAGCUGGUUGGACAACAUUGACUGGGUGAGGAUCAAGGAACGGCCACCUGACAAGCACCAGGUGUCAGACUCCGAGGAGGAAGACAGCGUGGGUCAGACUCCAAUGAGUGCCCAAGCCCUCCUGGAGGGACUGUUGGAGCUGCUGUUGCCCAGAGAGACAGUGGCUGGGGCACUUAGGCGCCUGGGGGCCCGAGGAGGAGGCAAAGGGGACAGCAAGGGGACUGGACGGCCCAGUUCCCCACAGCGCCUGGACCGGCUCUCUGGGUUGGCCGAUCAAAUGGUGGCCCGAGGCAACCUUGGUGUAUACCAGGAGACAAGGGAGCGGCUGGCCAUGCGACUGAAGGGUUUGGGGUGUCGGACCCAGGGAUCCCACGACCCGACACCUCCACCCUCCCUGGACAUGUUUGCCGAGGAAGUGACAGAGGGGGAGCUGGAAACCCCAACCCCUGCCCAUAAAGGAGAAGCUGAGUCGGUGGGAGAUGGCCUGAUGGAUGUGAUGUGGGAAUAUAAGUGGGAGAACACGGGGGAUGCAGAGCUGUAUGGCCCGUUCACCAGCGCCCAGAUGCAGACUUGGGUGAGUGAAGGCUACUUCCCAGAUGGUGUUUAUUGCCGGAAGCUGGACCCUCCAGGCGGUCAGUUCUACAAUUCCAAGCGCAUUGAUUUUGAUCUCUACACAUGAGCCUCCCAAGGGCCCAGCGUGGCAGCCCCUUCUUUCUGGGACUUGGCAGAGGCGGCUCCAGCUGCCCUGGGCAGUGAGGAUAUUGGAAGCUACUUUUCAGCCAGUUUCCCUUUCCCAAUAAAAGCCUGAGUGUGCAUCAGGGCCUGGACUGUGCUGAUAGCCAGAAGCCAGGGCUCUUCUUAACUCCUGUUGGCCUCACCUGGUCCUGAGUGUUUCCUCCCAAGAGACUCUUCCUCUCUGGCGUCUUGGACCACCUCAGAUGUUCUCCCCUCUUGGUGGCAAUGGUAGGGCUGUCUGGUGUCCUGUGACUGCCAUGUUAAAUUCCCUUCAGUCACUCUGUUCUCCUGCCUCCCUGCAAGUCCUUGUUCUGCUGAUCUUUGGCUUUAGGACCUCAGAUUCUCUGGGCUGGUGGCCCCCUUGCUCAUGACAGACAUGUGAGAGAGUUUGAGGUCCUGUUGAGAGCACACAGGAAGCCUCUUAAACAUGGACUCUCCCCCCAGUCUGACUUUCCUGUCCCUAAGAGUAGUCCCAUAGCUCUUAGGGGAAGUGCAAACUCAGUAGCCCUCCAAAGCCACCUGGGCCACCAUGCACAGAGAGGGACAGCGACUUCCUGGAGAUCACAUAGUAAAUUAGGGAGCUGGCCCAGGCCCAGUGAGCUGCUUCCCCUGACCUUUCUUGGCAGAAAGUUUUGCUUCCUUGGUCUCUCAGGCCCUGCAGCUUACAUUUUCUGGGCUCCCACAUCUCUGGUGCAGGGUUGGUGCCUUGAGGAAAGAUCCCUGGACUAUUCCCCUGCCAGGAAGCCGAGUGCAGUGGAGGGCUGUGGGAGGCAGACAGAGAGGCACUUCACCUCCACUGGCACUGCUCUGUGUCACCUCCCCUGUACACGAGAGGUGCCCUGAGAGCUACAGACUACCAGGCUAGGAACUUGGAAAGUAGGGGCUUUGGCUUGGUUGGGGCAGAGACCCCAACUUCUUUAACAAUUAGACCCUGUUUACUGCCAGCCUAGACCACAAUUUCUUUGACUUCGAGAAGUCCAUUAGUGGUAAGACAUCUACUUAAUGUUAGUGUAAGGUGUUACUGGUUAAAGGAUGGACUUCUUUCAGAGCUACUGAGAAGUGAAAAGUGGGUGUCUAGGAAUGGGUGAAAUCCUGCCGUGUCCGUAGCCUGAGUGAGCGUUCACAAGUAUUUGGUGAGCUGGACACUGAGAGCUUCCCUGAGGUGUCCUCCAGCUUCCUCAGAUUUGACCAGUCUAGAGCUGAUUUCUUUCCUUUACUGCUUUCUGUGUGCAUUUUGCUGUUGACAUCCAGGAGGGGGCAGAAUAUCAGUCCCUAAAGAUACCCACUCCUGAAACCCAGACCCUGUGAAUAUUACGUUACGCUUUACGUGGCAGAGGGAAGGGGGCUGUGCAGAUUUGGUGAAGUUGAUUUUUUUUUUUCUUAAAUAUUUUGAGAUGGGGUCUCACUGUGUAG